CCGUGUCCCGAUUGCACCAAGGUGUUUAAGCGGAUGGAGCACUUGAAGCGGCACAUCCGGUCGGUCCACUCGAUGGUGCGGCCGUUCCCGUGCACAUUCUGCGAGAAGAAGUUCUCGCGGUCAGAUAAUCUUGCCCAGCAUCUUAAGACCCACAAGAAG